UCCCUGUUAUUGAUUGCAAAAGGGACUCUCGGGCAGCUCCUCUGUGAGCGCACUUGUUCCUGUGCUUGGCCGGCCCUUCUUCGCACCAAAACGCUCGAUUCCACUCUCAGGGAUGAAGAGAGUGCAGAAGUGAUCGAGUCGAAGAAGGGAUCAGCGCCUGCUGGGUUUCGAAGGGGACUGCAGAAAAGACCGGGGGCGUGAAAAAUGGCAAACGUGGCUCAUCUGGUGCGGCGGCAGAGUUCGCGGGACCUCAACCCGCAGCGCUCCUUGGACAGGGUGGAGCUCAAAGAUAUGAGGGGAAGACUGGUGCGCCAGGCCACGGGCAACGCGGUCAACUACGGCACCACCAACGCCGCGUUCGAGGACACGAGUCCGUCGGCCCAGGCGGCUGUCAUCAGGGGUGAGGCUAAGGAAGUGCGCGACGCCAUCGAGGGUAAGGACGAGAAAAAGCAGUUCUGUCCGGAGAGCGGUGGUGAAGGCGAGGAAAGAGAAUCGUGGGACAGCAAAUUGACCUUUCUUCUGGCGACCGUCGGAUACGCAGUCGGUCUCGGAAACGUCUGGCGAUUUCCUUACUUGGCACAGAAGAAUGGAGGAGGCGCUUUUCUCAUUCCGUACUUCAUAAUGUUACUGAUCGAGGGAAUGCCAAUUUUCUAUCUCGAACUGGCCAUCGGACAGAGACUGCGAAAAGGCGCCAUCGGAGUCUGGAGCCAAGUGUCCCCUUACCUCGCAGGCAUCGGCAUCAGUAGUGCCGUCGUUUCCUUCAACGUCGCCCUCUACUACAACACCAUCAUCGCCUGGUGUCUGUUUUACUUCGUCCAGAGCUUUCAGUCCCAACUGCCGUGGGCAGAGUGUCCGAACAAGUACUACACCAACGGAUCCUACGAGUCGGAGCCAGAGUGUGUGAGGAGCAGCCCGACCCAAUAUUUCUGGUACAGAACAACCUUGCAGAUUUCCGAAGACAUCAACACGCCCGAGAACUUCAACUUCAAAAUCGCCUUCGCCCUGGUGAUCGCCUGGAUUCUGGUCUACAUGUGCAUGAUCAAGGGUAUCGCCUCUUCAGGAAAGGUUGUGUACGUGACGGCCACCUUUCCGUACCUCGUGCUAAUCAUCUUCUUCUUUCGCGGGGUCACGCUAAAAGGCAUGUCCGAUGGCCUCAUGCACCUUUUCAAACCAAAAUGGUACCAACUGACUGAUCCGGUGGUUUGGCUCGAGGCGGGCACGCAGAUUUUUUUCUCCCUGGGCCUCGCCUUCGGAGGGCUGAUCGCCUUUUCCUCCUACAACCCUGUCAACAACAACUGCUAUCGAGACGCGAUUCUCGUCUCGCUGACCAACUGCUUCACCUCCAUGUUUGCGGGGAUUGUCGUCUUUUCCAUAAUCGGAUUCAAAGCCCACAUGGCUUUUGAUAAAUGUCUUGAGGACCGCAACGCAACCAUUCUGUCGCACAUGGGCAACGGAACCUCUUUUGCCAUAGCAAACUUUCGGACACCAGUGUGCGAUCUGCAGAAAGAACUGGACAAUACCGCCUCUGGAACGGGCUUAGCGUUUAUAAUAUUCACUGAGGCGAUCAACCAGUUCCCCGGGGCCCAGUUUUGGUCGGUCCUCUUUUUCCUCAUGCUCUUCACCCUUGGGAUCGAUUCGCAAUUCGGAACACUCGAAGGAGUGGUCACUUCCAUCGUCGACAUGAAACUGUUCCCUAACCUUAGAAAGGAAAUACUAACAGGGAGCAUUUGCCUCGUUUGCUGUUUGAUUUCAAUGGGAUUCGCUCAUGGCGCUGGCAGCUAUGUGUUUGUCCUAUUUGACAACUUCAGCGGCAACUUUCCUCUGCUGAUCAUCGCAUUUUUCGAGUGCAUCGGUGUUUCAUACGUCUAUGGGCUACGAAGAUUUGCAGACGACAUCGAGAAGAUGACAGGCCACCGUCCAGGCAUGUACUGGCUCAUCUGCUGGAAGUACCUUUCCCCUUUGGCCAUGAUUUCGAUUCUGGUGGCCAGUUUCUUGCAAAUUGCCCUGGACGGCAGCGGCUACGACGCCUGGGUCUUCUCCGAGGGCACCACGGAGAGACACAAUUGGCCCACCUGGUCCAUCGUUCUCAUUUUGACGCUGAUCUUGGCGUCGGUCUUGUGGAUCCCAGUGGUGGCCAUCUGCAGGUCGAUGGGCAUCAUCAUCAUCGAGGACGAAGAGCGGGCCUGGUUCCCGGGCGCGGAGCUGGCCGAGUUCCACGGCCUGACCACCCACCACGCAACCCCGAUGGAAAAACUGCUCUUCGGCUUUCGGGACGACGGCUCCGAGGGCAUCUGUUGCCCCACAGGGGGCGACCAGGAGCCCGACGAAGAGGAGGAUGACGAUUGAAAAAAAGCGCUUUCAAUAUAUUAGAAAAAAUUGGGCCUCUUGUAGAAAGAAAAAUUUUCAGUAGGAUGUUAACGUUCAUGCAUAUUCACACGAAAGUGAACAUAUCAAUAUAAUGAACUGUAUUUUGGUUCGUUAAUUCAUCGGUCCCCUUUGAUCAUCUUCAACUACAGGAAGUAUAGAAGUCCCUGUGUUAAUUGCUGAGAAGCAAAUCAGCCUGACUGCUGCCUAUAUAUAAUUGUCGAGAAAAAGAAAACAUUCAGAACAAUAAUGAUAUUGAUAAUAAUGCAUUUUUGCGAAAAUACUAAGUCUCAAACGAAACAUAUUGAUUGAAAAUGAAUGACUAUAAUAUUUAUUUGUACCGAAACGUACAACUGACUGCCACCCUCAGAUAAUAAUAUCCUAUUAUAUUAAACGUAAAAUAAAACUUAUUGAUUCUGGGCUCCAGAUUGAUUCUGCAAAAGCCCCUUUAGAGAAAAACAAAAGAUCGAGCUCUAUACGCAAGUAGUUAAUUAAAAAUUAUAUGAUCUCAUUUCUUCCACUGCUGAAACUUGUUAAGUAACGGACAAUAAUUUAUUAUAAUAAUUUAUGAUAAUCUAUAAAAAUGACAACAACAAUAACCGUAAAAUUAAAAUAAAUGUAAAUAAUUGAAGUACUUCAAAGUGCAGUCCACGCGAUGCAAUAUAGGGAAUUCAAGUUUUGUGUGUGUUGUUAAAAACAUAGCAAUCAGUAGACCAAGAAAUGAAUAAUUGUUGUUGUUCAGAGGCGUAUAAAAUAUAAACUAAGUAGCAAUUUAGCGUUAUGACUGUUCAUUUCGACAAUAAAAAAUAUCGGAACGAAAUUACGUUUGUAUUAAUUAAUGGCUAUUAAAUUAUUUAAUGUAAUUAUCAGACUGAUUCUUAAAAUGCAUAAUUAAGGAUAAAAAAAUCGUUCCGUGCGUGACAAUAAAAAAAGAUCGCAUUUUAAUCUGACAUAAUGAAAUUAUGAUUUUCUGCCCAUAAAGAAAAGUCCCUCGGGAUUUAUGUAAUGUACAUUAGAUGUAAAAAUAAUGAUACAAAUAAUGUGUUCUUUUAGAUACGACAAGCAGGAACCAGCGUGAAAAACUUACUAUAUUUUGUAGGCGUGCUUACAAAAAAAAAAAUUAUGUAUCAAUUCUCUCAACACUCAACAGUGUGUAACAAAAUCUACAGAAAUUGAAUGCAAUUAAUACAUAUUUCAUUUUUUAGAAAAAAGCUUGUAGGAAAAGUGGAUGUUGAACUGAAAUUAAAAUUGAAAAUUAUCCAGUAUCAGUGACGCUUAAUAAUAUUAUAUGAUAAUUUUAAAGUAUUUUAGCUUUAUAAUAUAUUCAGUUUUAAACAAUUCCUUCAUUUGGUCCAGUAUUUUGAAAAUACAAUUUACAUUUAAUAAUGUUAUAUUUAAAACCAACAAAUCAUUCGUAUUUUAUAAAUAAUUUAAAUCUAUAGAAUUUAAUCAGCGUUAAAUUACACACUAUUAAAAACCAGUUCAUUCAUGCAUGUGAUCUCUGCCGGCGGACGCAGUUUUAUGUUGUGUUAGAAUGUGAAGGAAGGUUCAGUGACAGGUUUAGCCUAGUAAAUAUAAAUAUUUUUUAUUUUGAUGACCUGCACACUGCAGACGUAGAGCAGGCAGACUUUUGAAACAAACUGCGCAGUUUCCUUCGGUAUUUAUUGCUGAGGGGCAUAAAACCGUGAGGUUAACAAAAAAGUACGCCAAGCAAUGACUUGCAGGCGUCACGACUCGAGACACGAAAGAAAGGCCGGCGGAUUGAUCGCUGAAUGCCAAAUCUAAUUUGCUUGAACACACCACUUCAUAACAGUUCAAAUAGAGACGCCAAAAUCGGUACGAUUAUUUUUUAUCCGACCUCGGAAGAUAAUUUCGCAAAUUAUUUUAAUUAAACAUCAAAACGAAAUCACGUGAGAUGUUUGAAAUUUGCAUGCAUGGGUGUGUUGCUAAUCCGCGAACGGAAGUGAAGUGUGCUGUCAUAAAAUUGUAAUUAUUGUGUCACAUGUUGGAAUAAGAAAAAAUAUGAAUGUUUGCAAUUUUUGAAGGCUGAACUUAUAAAUGUCAUACCAAACACGAAAGAAAAAGAUGAAAGAAAAAAUAGAGUUUCUGCGCGUAUAUUAAUAUAAAAAUGAUAAAAUGUUGUAUUGCUGUUGGUUGUGAGAAUGGAUAAAACAGAACGAAAGGGAGAAAAUGUGUUCGAAAAAAGCAAUGUUACAAAAGUAUUUAUGGUUGUUGACAUGCGGAAAAUAAAGAUUAAACAU